AUGUCACAACAUCAAACUACUUCUACUUCAAAAACUACUAAGUCCACUCAAAAGGUUAGCGCUCCUUCCAUGGACUUUCAUGAUGAUGAGAUUCUGGAUGUGGUUCCUCUAUCAGUUAUUCCCUGCGAGACCCUUGAUUUGAACCAUCCCAUGGAUGCAUCAACUUCUGCAUGCCCCAAUCAAGGUAACAACUCUAGUAUCCCUUCUAGCUCAACUCAUGUCACUAGUUCUAAGGAAGAUAUACACCACACUGAUCAUGUCAUAAGGAACCUAGUCACUAGAAUCCUUAAUGAAGGACAUUCUAUGAAGAGAGUCUCUACUCCCCUGUCUAAAAUGUACCCCUCGCCCGAAGGUGCACAACAUAGUGAGAAGAAUAACGAUUCCUCCAAGUCUGAGAAGGACAUGGCUGCUGAAGGUUUGUGCUCUCUAGGGCAAACUAUGUCUGGUAAAGGAAAAUCUAUGACAUCUAAAACUGCCAAUGCUUCCCAUUCUGAGAAGCAUGAUGUUGCAAAUGAUGUGAUUGACCUAGAGGAUGAUAGGUCUGAUGAGCAAGAGGAUAGCUUACUUCAUCACUUAAAGCCAAUGAAGAAGAGGAAGGUUAGAGAAGUCUCUGAGUCUGAAGAAGAUGUUGAGGAAGAUGUCCCUGACAUCUCUCCUGUGAAGAAGACCAUUGUGAGGAAGUCCCAUGUGAAAGUUGCUGCUGUGCAUUUGGAUAAUAUCUCUUUCCAUCUUGAAGAUGGAGCUGCCAAAUGGAAAUUUGUGAUUAAAAGAAGGGUGGCUGUGGAAAGGGAGUUAGGAAAGGAUGCUGUUGAAGUCAAGGAGGUCAUGAACCUAAUAAAGACUGUUGGGUUGAUGAAGACUGUGGCUGGGUUCUCUCAGUGUUAUGAGGGUUUGGUUAAGGAAUUCAUUACCAACAUUUCUGAGGAUAUUGCUGAUAAGAAUAACAAGGAAUUUUGCAAAGUAUUUGUGAGAGGUAAGUGUAUCACUUUCUCUCCCACUGUUAUUAACAAUUUUCUGGGAAGAAGAGUUGAGGGUGCAAGUGAAUUGGAAGCUACAGACAAUAAGGUCUGUAGAGAAAUUACAGCAAGACAGGUGAAAGGGUGGCCUAUUAAAAAGCAUCUUCCUUCUGGGAAGUUAACUGUCAAUCAUGUCGAAGACAUUGUCAUGACAUCUGUUAUGGAAAAGCCAGCCUCUAAAGUUGGAACUAUUACUGAGCUGAAGGAGACUUGUAAAGAGCUGGAUGAAGGGAUAAGGUUCUGUUCUGCUGUAUUCAUGUUUUGUUGGUUUGUAUCUCAACUUGCUUACAGUUGA